UCUUCAUUCAAUCUUUCUGUCACUGUGACAUCUUCAGAUACCAUCAAAUCUGACAACGUCCACAUAAACCGAACCCGUCCCUGCCAACCCGUGCCAUGACCCGCCAAGCCCGACCCAUCAGAUCAAACUCCAGAACUCAGAUCUAUCCAACAGCCGCACAACACUGCAAACCACCCAAUGCCAUCCUCGGAUUAUGCGGCAGCCGCCGGCGGCGCGCUCAAACUCAAAGGUGGCGCCAUCACCAAGCCCAAGAAGCGCAAGAAGAAGCCUUCCGCCGACGAACCCACCUCGUCUUCGAAUCCCGACUCGGCGUCCGGAACACCCGCAGCAGAAAGCUCCUCAACGGCAGUCGCAAAGACAGAUAAAGCAAGGGAAUCUUCAGCGACGCCUCGACGCUCAAUAUCCCCUAGUCAAGCUGAGAAGGAGAUAAAAGCGGCGGGGGGACGGCAGAAGACGGAGGCGGAGAAGCGGUACGAGGAAAUGAGGAGGAAGAGAUUGGAAGAGAGGUUGAAGAAGGAGGGUGUGAAGACGCAUAAGGAGAGGGUGGAAGAACUGAAUAAGUAUCUGAGUGGGUUGAGUGAGCAUCAUGACAUGCCGAAAAUUGGACCUGGUUAAGGCAAAGGGAGGGUAAAGACCAUGUUGGCGGGCGCAGCACGAGUUGGGAAAGUUGACGCGGUGGACUCAUCUCAAGAAGGGCUUCACCUGUACGAGCAUGGCGUCUGGUGCAUAUGGGGUUGGUCGGGUCUCACGGGUUGGAAGCAAAGCAUCUCGGAACAGGAACGCUUUCAAGUA